AUGUCGCGCUCUUUAUUCUCAUCAUCAGCCGUCCGGCUGUUAUCCAAACCACAGACUUGCCGGCUCUUCUCGACUUCCCGGCCGGCUUUGUGCCUCUCCGCAUUCCCCGGCGGCGAAGUCGUUCCUCGCCGGCCAGGCACUGUCGCAAGUAGUGUGCCUCCUCUCAAACGCUCGGCACCUCAGUCCUCAGCCCGCCGCUAUAUCCGCCACCAACAUGCGUGUUUUUCUUCCUCGUCCGUCCGUCCUGCGACCAAGGUGACGCGAAACCCGAGAACCGGAGAUGAUGGACAAUCCCUCAUGAUUGGUAUUUCACCACGAGCUGUGGAGGUGAGUUGA